AUGCUUCAACUCUUUCUACGCUCACCCAAAACCCUACUAACCCUUCCCCCCAAAACCCAACUCCUCAUCUCCUUCUUCUCCCACUCCCCCCAACCCCACCACGAAUCCAUCCUCGGCUCCCCCGCCAGAGUCCAAAAGCUCAUCGCCUCCCAAUCCGACCCUCUCCUCGCCAAAGAGAUCUUCGACUUCGCCGCCCAACACCCCCAUUUCCGCCACUCCUACUCCUCCUACUUCACCCUCAUCCUUAAACUCGGCCGCGCCCAUUACUUCUCUCUCGUCGACGACCUCCUCCUCCGUCUCAAGUCCCAACCCACCUCCUACUCCCCCUCCCCUGCCCUCUUCACCCACCUCAUCAAAAUCUACGGCGAUGCCCAUCUCCCCCAGAAAGCCCUCAGAACCUUCUACACUAUGUUCCAGUUCAACUGCAAACCCACUGUAAAGCACCUCAACCGGAUCCUUGAGAUUCUUGUGGCUCACCGCAACUUCCUCCGGUCGGCUUUCGACGUUUUUAGGGACGCUCACCGCCACGGCGUGGUGCCGGAUACGAAAUCGUACAACAUUCUGAUGAGGGCGUUUUGCUUGAAUGGGGAUUUGAGCGUUGCGUAUGGCUUGUUUAAUAAAAUGUACGAGAGAGAUGUUGUACCGGAUGUGGAGUCGUAUCGGAUUCUGAUGCAGGGGCUGUGCAGGAAGGGGCAGGUGAAUACUUCUGUGGAUUUUCUGGAGGAUAUGAUGAAUAAAGGUUUUGUUCCGGAUUCGUUGAGUUAUACUAGCUUGAUGAAGGUGAAGGGGUGCAAUCCUGACAUUGUGCAUUAUAACACUGUUAUAUCGGGGUUUUGUAGGGAAGGGAGAGCGGUGGAUGCUUGUAAGGUUCUUGAGGAUAUGGAGACUUUGGUUAGCGGGUUGUGUGAUCAGGGGAUGCUUGAUGAGGCGAAGAAGUAUAUGGAGGUGAUGAUAUUGAAGGGGUUUUCGCCUCAUUUUUCGGUUGUACAUGGUUUGGUUAAGGGGUUUUGCAAUGUGGGUAGGAUUGAGGAUGCUUGUGGAGUUAUGGAGGAGAUACUGAGGCAUGGGGAGGUUCCGCAUAGGGAUACUUGGAUAACAAUAAUUCCGGGGAUAUGUGAAGAGAUUGAGCUGGUGAGGUUGGAAGAAGUUUGGAAACAGAUAAUGAAGUGGAAUGAGAGGCUACGUGAGGAUGAGGAAGAUGAUGAAGAAGAUGAUGCACAAAGGCGAAGAAAUACAACACAAGUUAUGACGGAAGCAGCUGGCUGGUUAGCUACUAACCCACUACAACAACAACCUCAAUGGGGUGGCUCUGUUCGAGGUCGUGCUACUCGUCACCGAUCACGCAAGGUAGCUAAUGAAAAAUUAUUAAAUGAUUACUUUGUAGCUGACCCUGUGUACCAUGCGGAAAUCUUUAGACGACGUUACAGGAUGAGGCGUGAAUUGUUCCUUCGCAUGUUAGAUCAUGUGCAGACGGCGGAUCCAUAUUUUAGGCAGUCACAAGAUUGUGCCGGGCGUCCUGGAUUCUCGCCUCAUCAGAAAUUGACGUGUGCACUCCGAAUGCUAGCCAAUGCAUGCUCGACUGAUUCCUUAAAUGAAUCAUUAUGUAUGCCUGAGUCGACAGCCAUCGAAAAUCUUGGUCGAUUUUGUCAUACUAUUGUCACCAUCUAUCAAGAACACUACCUCCGGGCUCCUACAAUUGAAGAUCUGGAUAGGCUUCUACAAAGAGCCGAGCAACGAGGAUUUCCAGGAAUGAUAGGUCCGGACACCUGGAUCUGGCAUUCUUUCUUCGGAAUCCCUGGAGCCCAGAAUGACAUUACUGUUCUCGGACGCUCACCACUUUUUGAUGCUUUAAUAACAGGUCAGACACCACAACUUAACUAUCAUGUCAAUGGAACUCCUUACGAGUUUGGGCACUACCUUGCUGAUGGCAUCUACCCAAAGUGGGCGACACUUGUGCAAUCAAUCAAACAUCUUGAGAAUGAAGCAGAAGAGUACUUUUUCACUAAGCAAGAGGCGUACAGGAAGGAUGUUGAAAGGGCAUUUGAGAUUUUACAAGCACGAUUUGCAAUUAUUAGGCAACCUGCAAGAGGUUGGGACCGAGAUUCAUUAUCGACAAUCAUGUUAGCUUGCAUAAUACUUCAUAACAUGAUCGUCGAGGACGAGCGAGAUGACUACUACAAUGGGCUUUCUAACAAUCUGGUAUCAGAGCCCUUAACGGGGCCUGAUUGUGCAUCUCGGGUUAGAGUGAAACACCGUUGUUUCAACUAUGAUGUCUUCCUGAAUUUUAGAGGUCAGGACACUCGCAAGAUCUUUGUCGGCCAUCUCUACAAAGCUCUAGAUCAGAAAGCAAUAAGCACCUGCAUAGAUGCUGAAGAGCUUAGAAAAGGUGAUGACAUUUCAGAACUACUGAUAUGCGUUCAAGAGUCAAGGCUUUCAAUAGUAGUUCUCUCUCAAAACUAUGCUUCUUCCACAUGGUGCUUAAAAGAACUUGUAGAAAUCUUGCAAUGCAUGGAUACUAGGAAGCAGAUAGUUGUGCCCAUUUUCUACGAAAUAGAUCCCUCUGAUGUUCGCAGACUCAAGAGAAGUUUCGCAAAAGCUUUUGCUGAAUAUGAACAUGAUCCUAACAUCAAAAAUGAAGAUUUGCAGAGCUGGAAGUCCGCUCUAACCAGAGUUAGCAAUUUGUCUGGCUGGGACUCGCGUGAUUACAGGGAUGAUUCCAAGCUCAUUGACGACAUUGUAGAAAAUAUAUUUAAUAAAUUGAUCCACAUUUCCUCAAGUAAAGCAAACAGUUUGGUUGGAAUGGACACCCACUUGAAGGAAAUGGAAUUGUUAUUAUGUCCUGCGGUAACCGAUGUUUGCAUCAUUGGAAUAUGGGGAAUGGGCGGCUUAGGUAAAACAACAAUUGCUAGAGCUCUUUAUGAUAGAAUCACCUGUAAGUUUGAGCACUAUUGCUUUCUUGAAAAUGUCAAUGAAGGUUUCUUGAAGAAGGGCAAAAUACUAAUGCAAGAAGAACUUCUAUCCAAAAUCUUGAAGGAAAAGGUGCAGAACCCAGGCUUAUUGAACAGAGGUUCUAGUAUGAUAAUGGAAAGGCUGGGUAAGAAAAAAGUAUUACUUGUUCUUGAUGAUGUAGACAAUUUUUCCCAGAUUGAAACCUUAGUCGGGAGACGUUCAUUCGGUAGUGGAAGUAGAAUCAUUAUCACAAGUAGAGAUUUACAGUCACUAAGCAGUGUUGAUGCGACAUAUAGUCCUUCUUUCUUAAGUGAAAAUGAAGCUCUUGAACUGUUUAGGCAGCAUGCCUUCAGAACAAACCAACCCACUGGAGAGUACAAUCAUCUCUUAAGGUCUGUCAUAAAAUAUGCUCAAGGUCUGCCUUUAGCACUUAAAGUCUUGGGAGCUUUCCUAAAUAACAAAAGUGCACUUGAGUGGGAAGAUGUUUUGGAGAAAAUAAAGAAAAUCCCUCACAGAGAUAUACAGGAUGUGCUUAGAACAAGCUUUGAAGGACUGGAUGAUUUAGAGAGGGAGAUAUUUCUAGAUAUUGCAUGCUUCUUUAAAGGGAUAAGCAAAGGCUAUGUAACAAAAAUCCUAGAUGGUUGUGGCUUUUUUUCCCAUUGUGGAUUAAGAGUUCUAGCUGAUAGAGCUCUCAUUACUAUAUCAGAUUGGAACAUGGUUGAGACACAUGAUUUACUACAGGAAAUGGGUCGAGAAAUUGUCCGCCAAGAGUCUGUUAAGGAGCCUGGGAGACGCAGUAGGUUGUGGAGUUCUGAAGAUGUUACUAAGGUGUUAACUCAGAAUACGGCUACCGAAGUGGUAGAAGCCAUAUUCAUAGACUUUUCAAAGUUGAAAGAGGUAUACAUGCAUGCUGAAAGUUUUGUUAGAAUGCGAAAACUAAGGCUGCUCAAGAUACAUUACAACUCUGGUGACGAUCCAAGUGACGACUGUAAACAACACAUGAUUGGGGACUUAAAGUUUCUUUCUCAUGAGCUGAGGCUUCUUCUCUGGCAUGGAUUCCCCCUAAAGUCCUUACCUAACAAUUUUCAGCCAAAUAAUCUUGUUGACCUUGACAUGCGGUAUAGUCUCAUUGAAGAACUUUGGGAAGGAACUAAGCCUCUGAAAAAGUUGAACUUCAUCAAUUUAAGUCACUGUCAAUACCUUAACAGAAUCCCCGACUUCAGUGAGGCGCCAAAUCUCGAGAGACUGAAUCUUGAAGGUUGUGUAAGUUUAUUGGAGGUUCACCCAUCCAUUUCAGCUCUUAGAAAACUUGUUUUCUUGAGUCUAAAGGGAUGCAAAGAACUUAAGAGUGUUUCAAGCAGCAGCAUUGGUAUGAGAUCUCUUAAAAUACUCAAUCUUUCUGGUUGCUCAUGUCUUGAGAAGUUCCCAGAGAUAUCAGUAAUUAUGAAGGAGCUAUCAGAGCUUUCUUUAGAUGAUACUGCAAUCAAAGAGCUGCCUACAUCAAUUAAUAAUCUUACUGGUCUUGUCACUUUGAAUCUCAGAGAUUGUAAAAAACUUGAGAUUCUUCCGAGCAGCAUUCAUAUGAAAUCUCUUAAACACUUAUAUCUUUCUGGCUGCUCAAAUCUCAAAACUUUUCCAGAGAUUUCAGAAGUUAUGGAGCUAUCACAGCUUUACUUAGAUGAGACCGCAAUUAAGGAACUGCCCUCAUCUAUUGAUCGACUUCAGGGGCUUGAAAUGUUAAGUAUGAGUAACUGCAGGAGCCUCCUCUAUCUUCCAGACACUAUUUGUAACUUGGCAAAUCUUACAGAGCUAUAUCUAGCGGGGUGCUCAGGGCUUUGUAACUUGCCUGAAAACUUGGGGAAGUUAGAAUUCUUGAGGGACCUUGAAGUAGAGGGAAGUGGUAUAACACAGCUUCCAUUCUCUAUCUUACGUUUGAAGUUUGAAAAGUUAUCAUGUGCAGGAUGUAAAGGAAUGAUGGCACCCUUUUCAUCAUGGCCAUCACCAAUCCAAGACUAUUCUAGUUACUCAGGUCUGCAAGUUCUUAAUUUAAGUGACUGCAAUCUGUUGGAGUUAUCAGACAGUAUUGCUCACCUCUCUUCAUUGCAUACGCUAGAGCUGCGCAGAAAUAAUCUUGAGAGCCUGCCUGCAACAAUGAAUCAACUGGUUCGUUUAACACAUCUCAAUGUGGAAGCUUCUCCGAACUUUUUAACCCGGCCCACUAAGCCAAACCACUUCGUCUUCUACCUCCCCUCUCCAAAAUCCCCCAAAAUCUCAUCAAUGGAGUCCAGCAGAGCCAUGGAGUCGGAUCCACCGUCGAUCAACUUCGGCACGCAAGAGGCCCUCCACCACGUCCGCAGCCUCACCGACGUCGGCGCCAUGACGCGCCUCCUCCACGAGUGCAUAGCCUACCAACGCGCCUUGGAUCUCAACCUCGACAGCCUCCUCUCCCAGCGCUCCGACCUCGACAAGCACCUCUCCAGCCUCCAGAACUCCUCCCAGGUCCUCGAGAUCGUCAAGUCCGACGCCGAUCACGUCCUCUCCAACGUCUCCUCCACCUGCGACCUCGCCGACCACGUCAGCGCCAAGGUCCGCGAGCUCGACCUCGCACAGUCGCGCGUCAACUCCACGCUCCUCCGCCUCGACGCAAUCGUCGAGCGCACCAACUGCAUCGACGGCGUCAAGCAGGCUCUCGACGCGCAGGACUACGAGUCCGCCGCCAAAUUCGUCCAGAGGUUUAUACAGAUUGAGUCGGAGUAUCGGGAUUCGGGAUCGGAGCAGAGGGACCAGCUCAUGGAGUCGAAGAAGCUUCUGGAAUCGAUUGUGAAGAAGAAGCUCAACGCCGCCGUGGACCAGAGAGACCAUAUGAAUGUGUUGAGGUUCAUUAGGCUGUACACGCCGUUAGGGAUAGAGGAGGAGGGUUUGCAGGCUUAUGUGAGCUACUUGAGGAAGGUGAUUGGGAUGAGAUCGAGGCUGGAAUUCGAGCAUUUGAUGGAGUUGAUGGAGCAGAAGAGCAAUCAGAGCCAGCAGGUCAACUUCGUGGGGUGUUUGACCAAUUUGUUUAAGGACAUUGUGCUGGCGAUUGAAGAGAAUGACGAUAUUUUGAGGGGGCUUUGCGGCGAAGAUGGGAUUGUUUAUGCGAUUUGCGAGCUUCAGGAGGAGUGUGAUUCGAGGGGGAGUAUGGUUUUGAAGAAGUAUAUGGAGUAUAGGAGGUUGCCUAAGCUGUCGUCGGAGAUCAAUGCGCAGAAUAUGAGUUUGCUUGAUGUUGGUGUUGCUGGUGUUGGGAAUGAGGGGCCGGAUCCGAGAGAGGUGGAGCUUAUCUUGGAGGAGAUACUGUCUUUGAUGCAGUUGGGGGAGGAUUAUACGGAGUUCAUGGUGUCAAAGAUCAAGGGAUUAAGUAAUGUUGAUCCGGAUUUGGCCCCGAGAGCAACCAAGUCGUUUAGGAGUGGAAGUUUUAGCAAAGUGGUUCAGGACAUUACUGGGUUUUAUGUCAUAUUAGAGGGUUUCUUUAUGGUUGAGAAUGUGAGGAAGGCUAUAAGGAUUGAUGAGCAUGUGUCUGACAGUCUUACGACGUCUAUGGUGGAUGAUGUUUUCUAUGUCCUGCAGAGUUGCUUGCGAAGGGCGAUAUCCACUUUGAAUAUCAGCUCAGUGAUUGCUGUGUUGAGUGGUGCAAGUAGUUUGUUGAGUAAUGAGUACCAUGAGGCUUUGCAACAGAAGAUGAGAGAGCCCAAUCUUGGUGCAAAGCUGUUCUUGGGUGGUGUUGGUGUUCAAAAGACUGGUACGGAGAUUGCCACCGUUUUGAAUAAUAUGGAUGUGAGUAGUGAGUAUGUGCUUAAACUGAAACACGAGAUUGAGGAGCAGUGUUUGGAGGUAUUUCCUGCGCCAGCUGAUAGAGAAAAAGUCAAGUCUUGUUUGUCUGAGCUAGGGGAUAUGAGCAACACAUUCAAGCAAGCUUUGAAUUCUGGCUUGGAGCAACUUGUGGCAACUGUGACACCACGUAUCCGUCCAGUGCUUGAUAAUGUUGCAACCAUCAGCUAUGAGCUAUCAGAGGCCGAGUAUGCAGAAAAUGAGGUUAAUGACCCAUGGGUUCAAAGGCUUCUUCAUGCUGUUGAGACAAAUGCAGCAUGGCUGCAGUCACUAAUGACCACCAACAACUACGAUUCAUUCAUACAUCUGAUAAUUGAAUUCCUUGUUAAGAGGCUUGAAGUAAUUAUGAUGCAGAAGAGAUUCAGUCAACUUGGAGGCCUUCAGCUGGACAGAGAUUGUAGGGCAUUGGUGAGCCACUUUUCUAGCAUGACGCAAAGAACUGUUAGAGACAAGUUUGCUCGCCUCACUCAAAUGGCAACUAUUCUCAACUUAGAAAAGGUCUCUGAGAUUCUGGAUUUCUGGGGUGAGAAUUCAGGCCCUAUGACCUGGAGACUGACACCAGCCGAGGUCAGGCGAGUUUUGGGUCUAAGAGUUGAUUUUAAAUCCGAAGCUAUUGCCGCCCUCAAGUUGUAAUUCCUG